CCCAAACAAGUAAAUCAGGCAGUGUCGAGCCGCCGUAACAUCGCAAAUUACCUCUUGUCCACACGCUUUCAGACCCAACGCGCCGCUGCGACUUCAUCUCUGCCUCUCUUGAGGGCCUUGCAACUCAGCGACAGCGCUGGGCGCAUCGCAUCCUGUCGUUUGACGUUCUCGCGCUGGCUACGCGACCCUGAUACUGUUAACCAAACAAUGCAAGUCGACUAUGGCGACGCCAACUACGAGCCGUUUCGGCACCCCUCCGCUGGUAUACCAGCGAUUGAUCCGGCCCUUGAACGGAACACAGGGAACCGCAACGGACAUGCGCCCAUGGCUGUGAUCCCCCACGCUGUCAACGACCACCUGCUCCAGCCCGAUAAUGCCUCGCUCAGCAGCGCGCACCUUGCCCACGGUUUCUAUGGAGACAUGACGCGCACCUCGCAGCCGCCCUCAACGCCUUCGAAUGCCUCGCCGCGCUUCUCCACCGCCGUAUCCCCCAACAGCCAGACAGGGCACGCAAGCCCCGGCUAUGCGCCCGACGACCGCGGCCUGCCCCCGCAGAGCGUGUCCGACGACACCAUCGACGAUGCCUUUGCUAGCUUCAUCUUGUACUGCAAUCCUAGCUUCGCCCUCUCCAUAGACACGUCUGAGCUCGUGAAGCUAUUUCGCACGCCGCCAAAGAGUGAUGGAAAUGCGUUCAGUACAUGGACUCUGUUCGAGCUGAUAGGGAAGUUCAGUACGGGAGAGAUCAAGACUUGGACGCAACUAGCAUUGGACCUUGGUGUGUCGCCGCCAGACACGGACAAAGGCCAGAGCACGCAAAAGGUCCAGCAGUACUCUGUGAGACUAAAGCGAUGGAUGCGCGCCAUGCACAUUGACGCCUUCUUCGAAUACAUGCUAGGCAAACAACACCCCUACUACCUACAGAUACCUCCACCACACGACCCAUUUCCGGAAGAAGGCCGCGAUGGUGUACCGCUGGAAGAAGAUUUAGCUCUCCGAGCACUUGACCCAAAGUUUAAGCCUAAACGUGGGCGGCGCAAAGCUGAUGACGCAGAUGAGGAGAUGGAGGCUGAACUUGAUACGCCUGCGCGCAAGCGACCUCAGUUGGAUACCUCGAUACCUUUCGGUAAUGCACUGCAGCCGCAGUCAGCUUAUCCAACCAGUGCGCAUCCUAACCACCAUAUGGGCGGUUUUUUGACACCACACGACCCGUGGACGGCUGCAUCGGCAAUCACGCCUGCAUCUGUCCUGAACGCUUCGCACCGUAUGAAACAGCACGAAAAUCUGACCCCCUACUCUGCGUCGCCCAUGUCUGGAGGGCAACAAUUGCGUUGGCGACUCAAUUCGCAGGAGCCAGCAACCCCCCAUCCGCUGUCAGCUGUAACGCCAUCUUCUGCACAUCAUUUCUUCGACGAACCUCAUUCUGCGAUCACACCGUCCAGUGCGAGACCACGCGCACGAAGACGCCACGGCCCAGCUGUGUCGUCAGCGUGGUCUGCGAGCAGCACCACGCCUGGCGGGAAACCACGAGGCCGACCACCUAGCAAUCGCUCUACUCGAGAUGGGCCGUUUGUCACCUUUCCUGUAAACCCAAGCAGAGAAGGGACACCUGUCGAUGUGCAGAAGCACUCAGGUGCACUGACACCAAUCGUAGAGAGGCCUCAAUCUAGGUCUCCCCCAGCUGAGCCCAUAUUCCGAUUUCCACCAACACCAGCCUCUGCAAUUCCACCCUCGACAGGAGAGUCGCCGAUUAUAAGUGCGGGUGGAACCCAAAGACAACGUUUAAGCCUCCAAGUUCCACAGAAUAUUGGUAACCCUGUACGCCUCAUCACCCCUACUGUACUUGUCAACGGGGAGGAGGAUCCCACUCCGAGCACCGCUGCAGUAUCUUCUGCAAUCAGCUUUAGCACCGACAGAAGUUUUUCAGCACAAUCAUAUGGAAGCAACAGCCAUCUCAAUUUCCAUGGGCAUUUCACUCCAAUCGAAACUCCGGCUAGACAGCAGCCACCACCACGACCCCAAAGCGAAGUCGCAACGUCUACACCGACACCCUCCCUGCCAUCGGUGUCUUUGGAGACAUUGAAUCGUGCCUUGGCUGCCGAACUCAUUCGUGCGCCACUUACUGGUCGCCGCAAGCGCUUACGAGGUACUGAGGCGAAAAGUCUGGCUUCGGCAGUCCUGCUGCCACUCUACGCGAAGCCUUCAGCUGGCAACGCGUCAUCAGCAAAAGUGAUGAGCGAUCAGGUAUUGGGCAUUGCGAUAAGCAGCUGUCUCGGGCUGUCAAGCGCCACAGGUAUAGGUCUCGGAGGGCCGAGUGGAGGCGUGAAGCGCAUCGAAUGUGUACGAUUCCGCGUUGGAGGCGAUGGGUAUGAGAGUCCCAUCGAGGAUAAUGAAGACGAUGCUGAAACCAUCAAUGGCUCUGGCACGAUCAAGGAGACAUUCGACAUUUCCUUUGCGGUGUCGUUUGGUGGGCUGUCUGGAGAGUGGACAGCCAAAGGUCUACAUGCCACGGCUGAGGACGCUGAUCACAGAGCUUCGACAGCAGGUGCACAGGAGACAGACCGCGUGGAACCCGGCCAAAACGCAACAGCGGCAUGGAGGGCGAAGUUCCAAGAUGCACAGAGAAGAUUGUGGGAGAGCCAGGAGGAGGUCAAGAACCUAAAAGAAAAAAUACUCGAGGCCGUGCUGUAAGCUGGAGUUUGGUUGUUUUUGGAUUGGUCCUGCUAUAUACCCCAAUGUUUCGACAUCCUUGGUACAUGGUCUUCGGUAGCUCCUGCUGAGCGUGUAUAUUCUUCCUUUCAUCUGUAUACACAUCGGCUUGUCUGGACAGGCUCGUUGCAAAUAUCGCCUUCUUGGUAUCAUAAUUUCACGUCUUCUCUCCCAUUGUAAUUCCUUUCUCAUGCCCCUCCCUUGGCUAAUGUGGUGGAUGUAACCGAGUGUUCUCCCAGAUGGGGAACUUGCAGAGGCACAUCGAAGGUGAUACUUGCCCGGGCAACCUAACUGUUGAGGACAUGUCUUGUCCGACAUGCGGCCGCGUGAUCAAGCAUAAGGGGAACCUGCAGAGACACAUAGCUACCCACAAGUGAGGUGGCGGCACUCGGACAGACACAGAUAGGAGAU